AUGAUAGCAUGGAAACAGAGUCUAAAAUCUGAAGGUGCCUCUCAUAUUAAAGAAAAGUCUUAUAUUUGCGGUCGAUGCAGAAAUUAUUUUUCCCCUGAAGAUAAUGUAAUUGUCCAUGAUCUUAUUCCCACAGUCACGAUACUGGAUACUUUUAACAUGGUUAACAAAGGUUUUAUUACUAAACAGUAUUUAGCGACUCGCAAACCUGCUGUGGAAGAUGAAACAUCUGAAGCGAGUUAUGCUUCCAAUGAAUACAUCACUUCUCAGACAGUUUUUAGCAAACAGAAUUUUUAUCCAUGUAGUUUGUGCACCAAAAGUUUUAAACAACAGAGGCUCUUAACAGCUCACUAUCUAGCUCAUACCUUUGAAGUUAGGCCUCCCUCUUCCCCAGAAUUCUCUUAUUUUUGCAGCAUAUGUAAACAGGUCUAUUCACGAUAUAGGUUUCUUUUGUUGCAUAUGCAUGAGGCUCAUAACGGUUGUAGAUUUCCCUAUAUUUGCAGCAUAUGCAAUGUGCAUGUGACUCCAUAUACUACUCAUAUACAUUAUUCUAAAUCUGUUUAG